AUGCUCCACAUACUACCAAUGAACAUCACCGGAGUGAACACAAAAGCCUCUCUAUCUAACCCAGAGUGGUAUUUGUUUGUUUCCCCAGAGGAGAUAGCUGACCAGACCAUUCAUGAGCUGGAGUGGAUGAAGAAGGUUCUGGAUAUCGAGAAGAGUGACAUCAAGGUUGUCCUGGAGGAAGCUGAGGUGAGCACACAGCACGAAAGUGUCUAUUCUUAAUACAAGGGUACAAAGAGUCCAGUGGAAACCUGAGAGCAGUGAUCUCAAAUCAAAUCAAAUUGUAUUGGCCACAUGCGCCGAAUACAACAGGUGCAGACAUUAAAUUGAAAUGCUUAUUUACAGCCCUUAACCAACAGUGCAUUUAUUUAUAAUAAAAAAGUAAAAUAAAACAACAAAAAAGUGUUGAGAAAAAAAGAGCAGAAGUAAAAUAAAAUAACAGUAGGGAGGCUAUAUAUACAGGGGUGUACCGGUUGGUGUGACCAUGUAACUCAGCCAUGUGACACUGUUCGAUUGCUCUGAUCCAGGGCACCGUUGAGCAAGAGAGCAAGAACCUUCGUGUCCAACUGGAGCUGAACCAGCUCAAGACUGAGGUGGACAGGAAGAUAGCCGAGAAGGACGAGGAGGACUCCAUGACAGUCUUCCAGUAUGCUUUUAUAAGCAGCACAGAUUAGUCAGUAUUUAUUUUGGAUAGUGUUUUAGGCUUCUCUCUCUAAGCAGCCUAUUUAAUAAUAAUAAUAAUAAUAAUAAUAAUAAUAAUAAUAUAUGCCAUUUUGCAGACUCUUUUAUCCAAAGUGACAUAGUUAUUCAUGCAUACAUUUUUUACAAAUGGGUGGUCCUGGCAAUUGAAAACACUAUCCUAGCGCUGCAAGCCCCAUGCUCUACCAACUGAGCUACAGGGGACGAUUUGUCACUUUCCCUGCACCAGCGCUCCCUCGAGUCCCUGUAGACCACCCUGGAGGCCAAGGCCAGGUCCAGGAAUGAGGCUCUGCAGUUGAAGAAGAAGAUGGAGGGAGACAUGAACGAGAUGGAGGUCAAGCUGAACCACACCAGCAGACAAGCUGCUGAGUCCCAGAGGAUACUGCGCUACCUGCAGGUGCAGUGGAGCACUAACACAAUUCAUAAAAUGUCUUAUUUUAGUCAUUUAGCAGACUCAUAUCCAGAGCGACUUAGUUAGUUAGUACAUUAAUCUUAUAUCACAGUCAUAGUAAAUACAUUUCUCAAUAAAGUAGUUCUCAGCAAAGUUAGUGCUAGUAAGAAAAGACUAGUGCAAUUCAUACUAUUAUAGGAUCAACAUUUUCAUAGAUCUUUCACACGAACAACACAAUUUAUACUUAGGGCAGAUAUUUAUCAUUAAUAAUAAACCAUUUGUAUAGUGACCAUUAACAUGUGUUGACUGGAUAACUGCAUCGGCCAGAAUGAGGAACUGAAGGAGCAGUGGGGCCUGACGGAGCGUAGGAACAACUUGCUGAUGGCCGAGGUGGAGGAGCUGCGCACCGUGGUGCAGCAGACCGACCGCGGAUGCAAGAUGGCCAAACAUGAGCUGCUGGAGACAACCGAGAGUCAACCUGCUGCAUGCCCA